AUGACACAGUAUUGGACUCUGCACUGUGAAGAUAAGAUCAGGCCACUGGUUGACAUGACUUUCAAAACAUUGGAUGUUGGCAUUGAAUAUUACAAGAAUUAUGCUGCCAAAGUUGGAUUUGACACGAGGUCUAGUUCUCACGUUAAAGCACACGACGAGACGAUAACUCUAAAGCAAAUCAUUUGCAGUAGAGAAAAAUUUAAGAAUUCAGGUGCUCAAAAUUGUCACUCCAAAUCAAAUGUAGAUGUGGGGGAAGUUCCUUCCAAUCCAAAGCGGAGGAGGGUUUCAAACAAAACUGGAUGCAGAGCUAGGAUUGUUUUUAAGUACAUUGGAAUUGAAGUGCUGGUCCUUGCAAGGCAGUUCCUAAAGGGAAACAGAAACAUCUCUGCUGCGCAUCAGAAAUUUAUAUUAGAUUGUGCUAAAGCAAAUAUUGGGGCAUCAAAAUCACACGGUUUGUAUAGUCAAAUUGUGGGGGAUUACUCUGAGGUUGGGCCAACUGUUGUUGGCUUUAAAAAUGUCAGAAGGGAUCUCAGAGACUUCAUAUUGGGUGCUGAUGCACAAAUACUGGUGCAUAAUCUUGUUAAAAAACAAGAGAUGUGCCCCGCGUUUGCUUUUGAGUAUGAAGUUGAUGAAGAUGAGCAGAUGAGUAGAUUAUUUUGGGCAAAUCCAGUCUCAAAAAAGAAUUUUGCUGCAUUUGGAGAUGUUGUCUCUUUUGAUGCUACAUAUUCAACCAACAUGUACGAUCUGGAUCCAGCUAUGAAAGUGGCAAUUCCAAGAGUUUUCAAGCAAGCUAGGCAUCGUUAUUGCAUGUGGCACAUUAUGUGUAAAGUUGGAGAAAAGGUUGGUCCUACAUUGAACAAGAAUGAGGGGUUUAAGAACAAACUGAACUCCAUUGUUUGGAUAUCUUUUUUGGAACCUGCUAAUUUUGAGACACAAUGGAAACAACUGAUGGAAAAUUUCAACCUUGUUGAACACAAUUGGUUUACCAAUAUGUUUGAGGUAAGAAACCUUUGGAUCCCAGCCUAUUUUAGGGAUGUUUUUAUGGGAGGUCUACUCAGGACAAUGUCGCGUUCUAAAAGUGAGAACUACACAUACAACCGUUUUACGGGCCCGCAGUCUAGCCUAGUUGAAUUCAUGAUGAACUUGGACACUGCUCUUAAAUCACAGCGUAACACUAAUGCAAAACUCAACAGUGACAAUGAAGGUUACAACCCAAAUAUGAGGACAUCGUUGGGGAUCGAAAAACAUGCUUCAAUUGUCUACACCAUUACUAUUUUCUAUAAAGUUCAGGCUGAAAUAUGUGCUUCCUAUUUCAAAUGUAGGGUGUUGAGUGUUAGAGAAGAUGCUGGAAUAUUACACUAUUUGAUUAUGGAUGGAAAGGAUAAAACAUUUAGUGUGGUGCACAAUGUGAAUGAACAUGAGGCCACAUGUAGUUGCAAGAUGUUUAAGAUGGUUGAACUGUUGUGUAGACGCAUAUUUGUGGUCUAUAAAGACCUUGAAAAGAUACGACUAAAGUAUGUGGAUAAUCGAUGGACUAAGGAUGCAUCUUUAAAAGCUACAUGUGAAAUUGAUGGUGUCAUUUAUGAUCAGAAUAGACCAAAGGAUGAAAAGAAGGUGUUGCUGAACAAACUAUGGGCUGAUUUACACUGUUGUAUUUAUCUGGCAGGUUCAAACAUGGAGCAAUUGACUGCAUUUUCGCAAGUGAUUAAUGAACAAAAACAGCUCCCGAUGUUAGGAAAGGAAAAAGUUAUCCCCUCAGCAUAG